UUACUUAAAGUAACAUUUACAUUACCAAUUUUUCAAAAUCUCAAGUUUCUUCGAGUGCCUUGAAUUGGUAGGCGUGUUCAGAAAUAAGAACUUCAGUGCAGUUGACAAUAGUUUUAGUUUUAACAAACAAAUCAAAUAGGCAGAAAUGGCACAAAUAUCGUCAACCGAACAGCCAAACAUGAAACAAAUUGAUCUGACGACUUUGAGCGUCAAACAGUUAUCUUCUUUAAAACACCAACUUGAUCAGGAAUUGGGCUUAUUUCAGGACUCUUUGCAAUCAUUAAAGUUAGCACAGUCGAAAUUUCAAAAUUCUAGUGAAUCUCUGGAAAAAAUUAGCCCUGAUAGUGAAGGAAAAGAGAUUUUAGUGCCACUCACUGGAUCUAUGUAUGUUCCAGGCAAACUUGUAGAUCCAAACAAUGUUAUUAUUGAUAUAGGAACUAGAUAUUAUGCAGAAAAGGAUCUUAAAUCUGCUAAGGAUUAUUUCCAAAGAAAAAUAAAAUUUGUUACUGAACAAAUGGAAAAAAUUCAGUUACUUGGAUUAGAGAAGAGCCGAAUUAGGGAUACAAUUGUUGAAAUCUUGGAACUCAAAUUAAAACAGACAAUAGACCAUUGAAACUUCUUGCAUAAAUUUAUUUAUUUAUCUUGAUCUUUUGUUUAUAAUUAAAACACAUAUUUAUAACAAUUAUUUCAUUUUAUUAUUGUGCACUAUAUUCUUAAUUUGUAAUUUAUGUACAAAGGGUCCAUGAUUUUACAGUCUACAUUUAUCUAACAUAUUGUAUUUAUUAGUUGAAAUUGAGUCAAAACAAUUUUAUGAUGCUGCAUAAUUGAGAAUUAACAGACAGGUUGUUCAGUUUGAUUAUUAAAGUGUGGUUUAGUAAAGUAACAAAUAAAAGCAAAAUUGUUAAGAUUUUCUGGCCAUAACGGACAUAAGCUAGGAUUUUCAUUUGUUGAAUUGAAUUCUUUCAUCUUUUUUUUGUGUGAAAAUACAAUGCAAUUAUUUGUUGAGUAAAUGCUAAAUAAAGUUUCUUUUAAUUUCA